AAAAAAAUAAAAAAUUAAGUUAAUAAAUAAAUAAAGAUGACUUCAAAAGUUAAUUCAAGAUUAUUUCAAGAAUUGACAAAUGAUUUAAUAAAUUUACUUGAAAAUGAUGAUGAACAUGAUGUUAUUAUUGAAGCAGGUGAGGGAGAAAAUACACGAAAAUUUAAAGCUCAUUAUUAUAUUUUAAGAAUGAGAUCACCGUAUUUUCGUCAAGCAUUAUCAAGUAGAUGGGCAAUUAAAGAAGAUGGAAAAUAUAUUUUUAAGAAACCUAAUAUCACUCCAGAAACAUUCGAUACCAUUCUAAGGUAUAUUUAUGCAUCAACAAUUGAUGUAGAAAAACUUAAUGAAGUUCAAAUUGUAAGUGCUUUAGGAGCAGCAGAUGAAUUAUGUCUUAACAUUUUAGUUGAGGUCUUACAAGGAGAAUUAUUAGAAAGAAAAUAUUUAUGGAUGGGUAAACAAUCUGUAUUAAUUUAUAAUGCAGGACAAAAAUAUCCAACAUGUACAACACUUGCUGAAACAAUGGAAGAAGCACUUUAUCAGGAACCAGAGUUAUUAUUAAAAUCUGAAGAUUUUACAGCAUUAGAAGAAGAUACUGUUAUAUGGCUUUUACAAAGAGAUGAUCUUGGUAUGGGCGAGUUAGAACUUUGGAAGCGUAUUGUACAAUGGGGCAUAGGACAACUAAAAACAACCAUAAUGAUACCUGACGUUGCAAGAUGGCCUGAUGAAGAUUGUGUUGGAUUAGAAAUAGUUUUACGUCCAUUAAUUCCUUAUAUUAGAUGGAGUAAUAUGUCUCCUGUUGAUUUUGAAAGACAAGUUCAUGCUUAUAAAAGGAUUUUACCUCAAAAAAUGUAUACUCCUAAUACUAAGCCAAUGUAUGUAAUAACAAAAGAAUAUACUCAUUAUCAUGCAAGAAUUCAAUCAGUUCUUAUUAAGCCUUCUCAUGCAGCCAAAAUUGCAAGUUGGAUUGAUAGAUUAGAUUCAAAUGAUCAGAAUUCAUUUUACACGCCGUCAAAUAUACCAUAUUAUUUCAAACUUGUUGUACGCGGAAGUCGUGAUCAAGAAUUUCGUCAAACUACUUUAACAAGUAAUCAAGCUAUUGUAUUAAUCAAACCUGCUAACUCAGAUGAAAUACUUGGUGGUUAUAAUCCUUUAACUUGGAGUAAAAAAUCCAUUUCUUCAAAUAAAGAUCAACAAGAUAAUUCUCCUCUCAAAGAUAGUUAUAUUUUUAGUUUAAAAAAGGAUCCUGGUGAAGAAGAUGUUUUAAGUAGAGUAAUUGAUCCGAAAGAUUCUAUUUAUUGUAAUGUUUAUUGUUCUCCCGUAUUUGGCAAAGGUGAUUUAUUCCCUAAAGGUCAUUUUGAAAUUGGUCAGCCUUGUGGAUGCAAACAAACUAGUUAUGAAAAACCAUUACGUACAAGUACUGAACAAUUUUCUAUUGAAGAAUUUGAAGUUUUUCAGGUUAUUAAAAAACAGGAGAGACAUAACGUUUGAUUUAGUUAUGGUAACUUAUUAUUAAUUUACAUUGUAAAUUAGAUUUCAUAUCAAUUUUGAUAAAAUUUUUGAAUAAAUUCAUUAUUUUUAAUAUAAAAAAAAAUGGAAAACGAUAUUUUAAUUGUUAAAUCGAAUAUUUCUCGAUCAAAAAACUUCCUUUUAUAUAGUAAAAGGAAAUAAAAAAAAAAAAUGUCUAGAUUUCAACAACUCCAUUUACCCAAUUAUUUUCCAAUUCUUUUCUAACGAUUUUAACAAUUUCGACAAAUCUAUCCUCUAAUCUUUUAGCCAGCAUUCCUAAUUCAUUCCAAUCGCCAAAAGCAUUAUCAAAUGACAUCUCAUUUUUCUCUUCAUGCAUAUUCAUACCUUCUUGGUUAGCUUUAGAAUUAAUAUCAUUUGGUUUUUCAUCAAGCAUUUUAGUUAAUAUAUCAUAAUCUUCUUUUAUAAGAUUUAAUUGAUUGGUUAAAUCAACUGAUAUUAUAGGUUUUUC